GAGCAUCACUCAGCCUCAAGCAGCUGCUGUAGGAGGACAACACAGCAAGAGACACGAGAACGAGAGGUUGCCCACAAAACCCAGCUUUGGAGGCCCAGAAAGACAGCAGAGAGGAGUGUGGGACGGAUUCUAAGAAGGUGUUUGACCGCACCCAUCCAGAGAGGAGCGAUGGACCCUCGGAAGUGGACGGGAGGCCUGCUGGUCCUGUCUACUACACUACCCUAUGUCGAGGCGAUUACCCCACUGUACGACCCUAAACUCUGCUACAUUCUGGACGGCUUCCUCCUUCUCUACGGUCUCGUCAUCACUGGACUGUUGCUCAGAGAGAAAUUCUUCAAGUCCAAGGGCAAGAUAUUGGAGGAUGACGAUACCUACACUGAUCUGAAACCUACGGACGGGGGCGGUUAUGGACGAAUAAACAGAAAAGAUCCAGAGAGUGCGACGGCACGCGAUAAUCGCAGGAAUAAUGACGACACUUACGGUAAGUGCAUUACCCAACAUACAAUAUGGAUGUUUCUCAUAACUCACUGUUUCCCUCCGCAGUCCCUUAAAAAACCAACAGACGACACGUACAGGGAGAUCGCUGUGAAGGACAAGCAGCGCCGCAGGAACAAGAACGACCAGGUGUACCAGGGUUUGAGUGCCGCCACCAAGGAUACCUAUGACUCUCUCCAGAUGCAGCCUCUCCCUCCUCGCUAACAGAAACAUCAUGGAGGAUCUCGCCUCGUCCAGCAGUCUGUCCUGCUUGCCUUUCUAUCUGCAACCAGUAUACUAACAGAAACAUCAUGGAGGAUCACGCCUCGUCCAGCGGUCUGUCCUGCUUGCCUUUCUAUCUGCAACCAGUAUACUAACAGAAACAUCAUGGAGGAUCACGCCUCGUCCAGCGGUCUGUCCUGCUUGCCUUUCUAUCUGCAACCAGUAUACUAACAGAAACAUCAUGGAGGAUCACGCCUCGUCCAGCGGUCUGUCCUGCUUGCCUUUCUAUCUGCAACCAGUAUACUAACAGAAACAUCAUGGAGGAUCACGCCUCGUCCAGCGGUCUGUCCUGCUUGCCUUUCUAUCUGCAACUAGUAUACUGCUACAGCGUUGUUGUAUGCAAAAGUUACAUAUCCCUCUUCUCAAAUCAUUUUCCAUUGGUGAAUAGUUAGUUAUUUACCCAGCAACAUCUAAUAAUCACUGAUAUCUACAACAGUCCUUGUUGUGUAAAAAGUAUGUUGGCAGUUGUGUUACUCCCUAUUUAUCUUUCAGGCUUUUGUUGGAAAAUCUGUAGACUUUUGCGCCAGUAACAAUUUCAUAACUGUCUUAAUAUAUGUACUUGAUUAUAUUUUAUCACUAUUUUAUGACUUUAGCUCGCCUCUUCUCCCCAUACACCCCCAGUCUGUAACCUUUGACCCUGACACUCAUUCUACCAACCCUUCCUCAUUGGCUACUGCUUUUCUAGUUUAUACCUGGAGUAAUGUAAUUAAAGAAUAAAUAUGUAGGUUGUUAUUUUGCAUACAGUGUACAGUGUACUUUCCCCUCAUGUUUACCUUUGACCCUGACACUCAUUCUACCAACCCUUCCUCAUUGGCUACUGCUUUUCUAGUUUAUACCUGGAGUAAUGUAAUUAAAGAAUAAAUAUGUAGGUUGUUAUUUUGCAUACAGUGUACAGUGUAAACUUUCCCCUCAUGUUUAUAAGAAAUAAUGUGCCUCAGCACUAUAAUAAAGCCAUUACAAAGAUCUGA